CGUGGGGAGCCUGAAUUGAGAGAAUUCCAGCGCUCGGGCUGCCGGCAGAAACUCAGUGCGUCUGGAUCGCGUGGCACCCACGGUCCCAUCUUGUGCAGCCCGAGUCCUGUGGGAGCCCCACAGCCCAGAUUGGGGAACUUCAGUUCCCCCGGUGCGCAGCGGAGAUCGCCGCGGCGCUUGGGAGAUGCCCCGGAGUAAGGCGCUUCAGAACGCGCCGGCGAACCCAGAGCGGGCAGAGCUAGCGCCCGAGUUCGCUGAUCAGCUCAGGAAGAUUGGAGACAAACUGUAUAGCGCUUGGUGUGAGCCCGACAUCACUGCGGUGCUGGCGGAGAUGCCCAGCAAGAAGGAGCGGAAGAGUGCGCCGAAGAGCCCGAGCCCAACGCGGGUGCCAGCAGACCUGGAGGAGGAGUGCGCUCAGCUCCGGAGAAUUGGAGACAAACUGAACUUUCGGCAGAAACUUCUGAAUUUUAUUUCCAAGCUCUUUAAUUUAGUAACCUGAGUUCUUCAAAAGCUUUUGCAAGAAGGGACCUCCUAGACAGGAAGUUUCCCCCCGCUGGUGCAAAUGUCUGUUAAUUGGAUGGACUGU